CGCUACUGGAGGCUUCUGCGGGGUUCAUGUAACCUUCCGGUUCAUGAUGCGUCAUUGUCCGCUGUGAAUUAAUUACUGCUACGAUAUGGUAUAUCGCAAAUUACAAGGCACACUGAACUUGUCGUUAAUAAACGGAAAGUCGCGAAGCCCAUGCUAAUCAAUUCAAAGACGAUGGAAGGGGAAAGUUCAGGCAAAGAAGCUCGAGGACUGGAUUGCCAACCAAUGACACCUUUAUCCGAUGAUGUCCCGCGUAUUAGUCGCGGAGCCGAGGCCAAUGCCGACAAGCGCGCCCACGGAGACGGAGACGUCGGGCCUCCUAGAGCCCACGAGUCACAAGACCCGUGGCUCCAACAAGCCAGGAACGCCGGAUACACGACUCACAUCCGCUCAGCUUCCAGAACAACCUGGGACGGCAGGGCGCCUCUCCCGCGCAGCCGCAGCCCCUCCCCGCCACAUGCGCCCGCCCAGUCGCGGCUCAGCAACCCGCCACGACCCUCCUCAGCCAUCAGCCUCCCGAACCACCAUGCCGCUGAGCACGGCAGACCAACAGUGCUUGCCGACAGAUGGAGCUACGACCGGGAGCGGAUGCCGCCUCCGCCUCCGGCCCCUCGGGACUCGCGGCCGGGCACACCGGGCACACCUGCGAGUGACCCUGACGCGUCCGACACUGGGUUCUCGAGACCGGCGAGCACGCUGAUUGAGUCCCAAACACCUAGCAGACAGCAGUCCGGUUUUUUUAAUUUUAUGAACGGCUCAGCCGAGCCGAACGACUCACCACCACUACCUUCGGACUUUGAUCAGCGUGGGCAGCAUCUGAGUCCGCAUCUCCGGCAGUCUUGCCACAUUCUCACCGACGAGGAGAUGGAGAUGCUCGCGCGCCCGCCGCCACCCCACCCGCCAAUGACAGCACCCUCCCGACCGUCGUCACCUGGCCGGGACCGCGGAGCAUGCGGGUCAGCGGCACCAGGACACAGCAGCGAGUCAACAUCCGCCGUCGCUCCUCCCGAGCCGCCCCAACCCCGGGAGGGUGUGGGCCGCCACCUGAACCGUAACAGUGUUAAUAGCCACGGCAGCGAUCAUAGCCGCGACGUGAGGCCUAGCUGCUUGGGUAUGUGUGACAUCGCGCCCGUCCGACCAGUCCUCGGGAAGUUCGGCGCGUGGUUCAUGGGCGUCGUCACGCCCGUCUCCUUCGGCUUGCUGACGGGCUGUCUUGCUUCCACGAUAUCCGGGUGUCGGUAAUGGUGAAAAGGAGGGAAGAAGAAAGGGGUGAAAAGGAAAAGAAGAAAAUAUAAAUAGGGUAAAUAAACAAAGUACAGGAGAAAACAAAAGAAAAGGAAAAAAAUAGAGCAGAGAAGAAGAUG